AUGACAACGGAAGUUUCGACUGCAACCCAGGCUCAGCAGGCUAAAUCCCAGCACACCCUGGCGCCGUCGGGUUCAAUGCGUGCCCGUAUGGAGGCUCUCAUUCGCCAAAAGCAAAACGAAAUCGUCGGGGCUAUGGAAAAGAUUGACGGCAAGCAAUUCUUCAGAGACCACUGGGAACGCCCAGACGGCACCGGUGAGGGUAUCACUGCUGCUAUCGAAGAUGGCAACGUUAUUGAGCGCGGCGGCGCUCUCAUCUCCGUCGUGCACGGCAAACUGCCCGAGGCCGCCGUGCGCAAGAUGCGCGAGAACCACAGCUCCUUGCGCGACAAGCCCGAUGGCGACCUUCCGUACUGGGUUUGCGGCCUGUCCAUGAUCAUGCAUCCCCGCAACCCCAUGGCGCCUACUGUGCAUCUCAAUUACCGCUAUUUCGAGACCCAAAACGAAGACGGCUCCCCCCAGGCCUGGUGGUUUGGUGGUGGUGCAGACCUGACCCCUUAUUAUCUGUUUGAAGAAGACGCAAAGCUGUUCCACAAGUGUCUCAAGAACGCAUGCGACAAGUACGACCCCCGAUACUACCCAGACUUUAAAGCCUGGUGCGACAAGUACUUUGUCAACCACCACCGCGGUGAGGCCCGUGGCAUCGGUGGUAUUUUCUUUGAUGACCUCGUUGAUGAAGAUCCCGAGAAAGUGUUCAGCUUCGUUACUGCAUGCUUCAACGCCUUCUUGGAGUCUUACCCUGUCAUCUUGGAGAGACGCAAGGAUAUGCCCUUCACCCCUGAACAAAAGCAAUGGCAACUAAUUCGCCGUGGUCGUUAUGUCGAAUUCAAUCUUCUCCAUGACCGCGGCACCCAGUUCGGUAUCCUGGCUCCCGGCGCCCGCAUCGAAAGCAUCCUCAUCUCGCUCCCUCUUAAUGUUUCUUGGCGCUAUAAUUUCCACCCCAAAGAAGGCUCUGAAGAGGCCAAGCUAGUUGAGGUUUUGAAAUCCCCGAGAGAGUGGGUUUAA